AGUCUUACAUAAUAAAUUGAAAAAUAACACCGUUUCUUUUCAAAAGCAUCUUGUAGUUAGUGGAAUAAUAACAACAGAAUGGAGUAUCAAAAAGUUGAAGGCGAAAGGAGAAAUUCAUUCCUUUACAUAGCUGGGAAUAAUUGCUAUGUAAAAAAUAAGAAUCACAAUGGUUACAUUUACUUAAAGUGCAAAAACUAUCAACUGUGUGUUGGAACUGCAAAAAUAUGCGAAGGAAGUGAUUUACUUGAGACAAUGCGAGGCCACUUUUGUUAUUCCAAAACAAAAGAUUUUAGCCAUUUGGAAGUGAUGGAAAGAAUGAGACUCAAAGCUGCAACUACACAAAUUCCGUUACGCCAGAUUUACAUGGAAAUCAUUCGAUACUGUCCUGAAAAUGUUAAAAAUUCUUUAUCCUACUUAAAAUAUGAACAGAUACUUCGUGGUGCAAGAAAAACUCAGUACAGUGCAAAUCCCAACAGCGUAGAAAAACCAGUAUUGGCAAUAUCUGAGCCAAAUCCAUUUACCAACAUUCUGAAAGGAAUCGUCAAGUUUGAAGACCAGUUGGCCAUACUAUUUUGUUCAUCAGCACUACUACAAAUACUCUCAGGAUCUACAAUUAUUUUCAUUGAUGCAACAUUUCGCGUUGUUCCUAGCAUCUUCAAAGGAGGUCAACUACUAAAUAUCUCCAUUAUGCAUUCUGACAUUGUCCUUCCUGUGUUUCAUGUACUUAUGACUGGGAGAAAAGAAGGUAUUUACAUCGGUAUAAAUUUGUAUCAAGAAAUAUUUUACAAAUCAAAUUAUUUGUUCAUAUUUUGAAACGGCUUGAAAGUGUGAUUUAUUUGUGACAAUUUGCUCAUA